GUGGGCCGCGCCGCGGCAGGCGGGCGGGCGGGGGGCGCUUCCUGGGGCCGCGCGUCCAGGGAGCUGCGCCGUCUGCCCGUCCGUCUGCCCGCAGGCACUGCCGGAACCAGCCGAGCCGCCGGAGCCGUGGGCCGCGGGGGCGUCGCAGGCCCAAUCCCAGGAUGCUCCCCUUCGCCUCCUGCCUCCCCGGGUCUCUACUGCUCUGGGCGCUGCUGCUGUUGCUCUUGGGGGCAGCGUCUCCCCAGGAUUCGGAGGAGCCUGACAGCUACACGGAAUGCACAGAUGGCUAUGAGUGGGACCCUGACAGCCAGCACUGCCGGGAUGUCAACGAGUGCCUGACCAUCCCCGAGGCCUGCAAGGGGGAAAUGAAAUGCAUCAACCACUAUGGGGGCUACUUGUGCCUGCCCCGCUCAGCUGCCGUCAUCAACGACCUGCAUGGCGAGGGACCACCACCACCAGUGCCCCCUGCUCAACACCCCAACCCCUGCCCACCAGGCUACGAGCCUGAUGAGCAAGAGAGCUGUGUGGAUGUGGACGAGUGUGCUGAGGCCCUGCACGACUGCCGCCCCAGCCAGCAAUGCCACAACCUGCCUGGUUCCUACCAGUGCACCUGCCCCGACGGCUACCGCAAGAUUGGGCCUGAAUGUGUGGAUAUAGACGAGUGCCGCUACCGCUACUGCCAGCACCGCUGUGUGAACUUGCCUGGCUCCUUCCGCUGCCAGUGCGAGCCAGGCUUCCAGCUGGGGCCCAACAACCGCUCCUGUGUGGAUGUGAAUGAAUGUGACAUGGGAGCUCCGUGUGAGCAGCGCUGCUUCAACUCCUACGGGACCUUCCUGUGUCGUUGCCAUCAGGGCUACGAGCUGCACCGGGAUGGCUUCUCCUGCAGUGAUAUUGAUGAGUGCAGCUACUCCAGUUACCUCUGCCAGUACCGCUGUGUCAACGAGCCAGGCCGCUUCUCCUGCCACUGCCCGCAGGGCUACCAGCUGCUGGCCACGCGCCUCUGCCAAGAUAUUGAUGAGUGUGAAUCUGGCGCACACCAGUGCUCUGAGGCCCAAACCUGCAUCAACUUCUACGGGGGCUACCGCUGCGUGGACACCAACCGCUGCGUGGAGCCCUAUGUCCAGGUGUCUGACAAUCGCUGUCUCUGCCCAGCCUCCAACCCUCUGUGCCGCGAGCAGCCCUCGUCCAUCGUGCACCGCUAUAUGAGCAUCACCUCGGAGCGGAGCGUGCCGGCCGAUGUGUUCCAGAUCCAAGCAACCUCCGUCUAUCCUGGUGCCUACAAUGCCUUUCAGAUCCGUGCCGGAAACUCGCAGGGGGACUUCUACAUUAGGCAAAUCAACAAUGUCAGCGCCAUGCUGGUCCUCGCCCGGCCCGUGACAGGCCCCCGGGAGUAUGUGCUGGACCUCGAGAUGGUAACCAUGAACUCCCUCAUGAGCUACAGGGCCAGCUCUGUACUGAGACUCACCGUCUUCGUGGGGGCCUACACCUUCUGAUGAGUGGGGCGAGCUCUCAGGGAGGGGGAGGUCCCUGUAGCCAAGGAGCCUGGGGUUCAGGGAUGACCAUGUUCUGCUAAAAGGGAGGAUGCUAUUGUGAAGGAUAGAGAGAGAAAGGCAAUAAAGGGAGAACGAAGGAGUCCUGGUGGCUGAGGUGGGUGGGUAACACUGUAGUGAACCCCAGACUGGGGAAGGGGCCAGGCUCGUGGGAGGCAGGCCAAGUCCACCUACAGCAGGGUUGGCUCAGGCUGAGGGGACCCCACGGACAGAAGUUGGGAGCUGCGUUCCCAAGGCUGAGAUUGGUCUACCAUGGGCAUCAGAACCACCGAGAAGGGCAGUAAGGAGGCUGCAGACUCCAAGCCCCAGCAGAAACCUGGGCUUGGCUGGGAACAGCUCUAGACAGUACCAGGAGGCCCUGGGUUCCAAUCCUACCUUGGCCUCAAACUAUCAACUUGGACAAACCCUAGUAGCUCCCUGGGACUCCGCUUUCCAACCCAUAAAAUGAGGCAAUUGGACUGUCAGUGCUUUUUAAACUUUUUUUUCCCAAGCCACAGAACCGCUUAUCUGAGGAAAUUUUAUUUGACUCGGGACGCUCUGAUGAUAUAAACUAUAUUGAAAGUUGCAGCACCUCA